AAGAAUAAAACUGAUGCCGCGGAAUGAUGUGUUAUGUGUUUCUUGUUUCUCAGUAUGGAGGAGCUCCCGGAGGGCCUGCCUUUCCCGGACAGACUCAGGAUCCGCUGUAUGGUUACUUUGCUGCUGUGGCUGGACAGGAUGGGCAAAUAGAUGCUGAUGAAUUGCAGAGAUGUCUGACACAGUCGGGCAUUGCUGGAGGAUACAAACCUUUUAACCUGGAGACUUGUCGGCUUAUGGUUUCAAUGCUGGAUAGAGAUAUGUCUGGCACGAUGGGUUUCAAUGAAUUUAAAGAACUCUGGGCUGUACUAAAUGGCUGGAGGCAGCACUUCACCAGUUUUGACAGCGAUAGGAGUGGAACAGUGGAUCCUCAAGAACUGCAGAAGGCCCUGACAACCAUGGGAUUUAGGUUGAGUCCCCAGGCCGUGAAUUCAAUUGCAAAACGAUACAGCACUAAUGGAAAGAUCACCUUCGAUGACUAUAUCGCCUGCUGCGUCAAACUGAGGGCUCUCACAGACAGUUUUCGAAGACGGGAUACUGCUCAGCAAGGUGUUGUGAAUUUCCCAUAUGAUGAUUUCAUUCAGUGCGUCAUGAGCGUUUAAAUCAAGAGGAAGCUGCAUGAACGUGCGACAUUCCAGCUGGAGCUCUCCCGCUCUUCUCACUGCCGUCAGUCACGUGUGUCAACUUACAGCACCACUGUCCCUGAACAGUGGUUGUAGAGGUUGAUUACUUUAUGCACAACUGAAGUCUUGUUCUUAGUUUCGAUAAUAAAUUCUUUGGAACUUUAAUAAUAUAAGAUUAAGUCUGUUACGCCAUUUAGAGCUAUCAUCAAUCAUGCCUUAUUCUCCUGCUAAACCUCUUAUGUAAAUUUAAGUAUGCAAAAUGCUUAAAGCGCAUUAUAUAUUUUUCAUUGAGAUGCUAUAAACUUUUAAUCAGACUACAGCUGUUAUCUUUCCUCUCCUAGAAGAGCUUUAAUGUGAUAUUGCAAGUUUUAUGUGUGGAGUAUUAGACCCACUUGGAUGCCAAAACAAACAAACGUGGUAAUCCAUAUCAGGGUUCACCUUAGAAAUUUAGCACAGGCUUUAAGACUUACAGAUAUUUUGAUGGUCCUAUGAGUGGACAGGGAACGUGAGUGAUUAUUUUCUGCCUCUUUAAAACCUAUCGAAUAAUUCGAAUGGCAAGUACUGUUUGUCACCAAGUUCUUUGUCAUCAUCCACGUAAACCUUCAUUCACUACUUUUAAAUCUUGUACAUCAUAAGCCUAACUAUGUAAAAAGAAAAUUGAUAGAAAAAGACUAGGGGAAUAUACAAAAAUAUUAGUUAUGGUUGCUUUUGGCUAAUGGGAUUCUAGGUGAUUAUAAUUUCCUUUACACAUUUCAGAAUUUUCCAAAUUUUCUAUAAUGUGUAUGUUCUCCUUUUAAAAUCAGAAGAUGUUAACUUUUAGAAUAUUGAUAUAUCCAUUUGAUAUUCUGUGUGUUCACACUUUAAAAAAUACACACAGCAAAAGGACUGGAAAGAAUGGACCAAAGUGUUCCUCUCCCUACCACUGGGAGUCAGGAUCAUGAGUUCGUUUUUUUUCCAUUCUGCUUCUUUUCCAAAUUUUCUAUAAUAAGCAGGUAUUAUAUUUCUAGUGGAAGAAAUUUCUAAAAAGUUUUAAACCAUAGGCUUUCAAGUAAGAACUGGAUUCUAAUGCUAGCUGUGCCUCUUACUGUGUAGUUUGGUCAUUUUAGAUAACCUCAAAAGUCUAGUUUCCCCAUCUUUGAAAAGGAGAUAAUACCUACCUCUUGGGGUAGUUCUGAAUUUGAAAAAGUGUGUUGGUAUAACAAGCACUAACAAAAUCUCUGUUUCUUAAAUUUAAAACUAGCCUUGUUUGCCUUUUUAUUUUUGUUGCAAGAGUGCUUAACUGAUAAAAAAUGGAAUUAGUCUAUUUUCUCCUUGCCAGCACAGUAUCUGUCUUACUUUAGGGCACAAUGUGAAAGUUACUAUUCAAGUGAACAAUUAGUUGUCAACCAAUGAAAAUAAAACAUUUUUCUAAGCA